AUGAGGAAUCGGGGCUGGUGUUAUUGUUCGCAGCAACUCGCAUUGCAGGGCUCGUCGACACGUACAUCAGCACGAAACCGAGCUAGCUGUGCCUCCACCGCUGAGAUCCCGAGUUUUACCAUUCUUGUCUCUGCGUUAGUUGCUUUGUUGACAAACGCAGACAAGCACGAGCUCUUUGCUGCAUGCGCCGCUUGCGAUGCGGUCGGUGCUGGUCGUCUUCGUUUGGUCUGUGACUCAAGAACUUAG